AUGCCACGACGUGCUUCUAGGGGUUCUCUCUCUGGAAAUGAGCGCAGAGAAUACAUCGAUGCUGUUCUUUGCAUGCAAGCCACUCCUUCUGUUCUCUCUAGCGAGCAGUAUCCAGGUGUUCGUCAUCGAAUGGAUGAUUUCACAGUUGUGCAUAUCAGCUUUGCUCCUCAUAUUCAUUCGAAUGGAGCACUGUUGGCAUGGCAUCGUGAGUUCCUCUGGCUGUGGGAGCAAGCCUUGAGACGAGAAUGCGGGUACCCAGGGUACCUUCCGUACUGGGAUUGGUCUUUAUACGCCAAUCUUACUGAAAGUCCCCUCUUUGACAGCUCCCCGACCUCUCUAUCCGGCGACGGGGAUCAAGACGAAGAUGGCUGCGUGACCACCGGUCCUUUGGCCAAUAUGAAAGUCCACUUUAGCCAAAAGAAUGGCCCAAACCUCAAGCUACCACCAAACAUAUUCGACUACACGCCUCAUUGCCUGAGUCGCUACAUGAAUUCCUCCGCUACGGCAGGAUUUGCUAAUGCUGCCGUCAUCCGUCGUGUUCUCGCCUCGCCAGAUAUCAUCACUUUUCAAGAGCGCAUUGAUAUCAGUGCGGACCCUACGGUUCGGGCGCGAGGGUAUGGUCCCCAUGCAGCCGGGCAUGAAGCGAUGAUGGGCACCAUGCGAGAUUUCUUCUCGUCCCCCCCAGGAUCCAGUUUUCAUGCUACACCACGGGAUGGUUGA